GCGGGAUACUGGGGGGGCUGGAUGAGGGAUUCACGGUGAAGUCCAGUCACUCAGUCACACCCGCCCGAUUGCUGGGGUGUUUUCGGUUAGGAUUUGGGGAAAGAGAGCAAGCGAACCGAAGUCCCAAGAGAUAGGGACACGAAUCAGGAAUUUCCCUUUUGAGAAUAAACCCGUUUGAACGGCCCUGGACGCACAUAAAAUCACGCAACCCGUGUGUUCCUCUACACUUUAAAGCUUAACGAUUGCACUUGGAAAAUAAUAGCGGGUUUACUUGGGCAUAUCUGAGGUUUUUCAGCAAUGAACCAGUUAUAUCUAACAGUGUCUGGGGCGCAAACUAAAGCCAGAAGUUCUCAGGAACUGGGGCUGGACGGAGAAAAGUUUUUGGUUUUAUAACGUCUCCGCGACCUCUCCUCUUUCUCUCCUCUGCUUUUUUCCAGCCAUUGGAGUCCGAAAAACAGCGGAUAAACAUACCGUUACCAUUUUUUUGGCGGAUAUAGUAACUCACAAACAUCUUUGAAGGUUUUGAGUCGAUGGUUUCGAGGCUGUGGAGAUACAAAGUGAUAGUGUGAAUUUCUGGAGAUUGUACACGAGAGGAAUGCUGAGUAGAGCCGCAUGGAGAGAUGAUGCUUCUGCCAUGGCACCCAAAGGCACUUUAGUAGUUUUUGUGGUUUUGCUUUUAUGCUUUUGUACCGUUUUCAGUCAAGAACUCAAUCCGAAGGGCAGGAAUGUGUGCAAAGCUCCAGGGUUACAAGAGCUUGUGUGUUGCAGCGGAUGGGCGCAACAAGGCGAAGACUGUUUAACACCUCUCUGUGAGGGUAACUUCACUUGUAAUGAGAAUGAGGUGUGCGUACGACCGAAUGAAUGCCGAUGUCGUCAUGGGUAUUUUGGGGCAAGUUGUGACACAAAGUGCCCGCCUCAGUUCUGGGGUCCAGACUGCAAGGGCAAGUGCACGUGCCACCCCAACGGUAAAUGUGACGAUGUGACCGGGAAAUGCACCUGUUACCUCAACCGCUGGGGUAAAAACUGUGAGAAACCCUGCCAUUGUCAACAAGGGAAGUGUGACCAAGAAACCGGGAAAUGUACCUGCCACGCGGGUUUCUGGGGAGCACAGUGCAACAACAACUGUUAUUGCAGCAUCAACUCAGUGUGCGAGCAGAGCACCGGACGAUGCAUCUGUAACCCGGGCUGGUACGGGCGUAACUGUGGGGCUCAGUGCACUUGUAACAACUCACCCUGUGAGCAGUUUACAGGGCGAUGCCAGUGCAGGGAGAGGCUCUGGGGUCAACACUGUGAUCGCUACUGCCAGUGCGGAGUCCAUGGAAAGUGUAACCCGACAGAUGGCUCGUGUACCUGUAAACCCGGAUACAGAGGGAAGCUGUGCCGGGAACCAUGUCCUGCUGGCUUCUAUGGACAAAACUGCAGAAACAGGUGUGGUCACUGUAAAGGCCAGCAGCCCUGUAAAGUCACAGAGGGCCGAUGUGUGACCUGCGAGAGCGGCUGGAACGGCACUAAAUGCGAUCAGAUGUGUGCCCCGGGUUUCUUCGGAGAGAACUGUAAGGAAGAGUGUCCACCGUGCAAAGACGGCCAUCACUGUAGCCGAAUCGAUGGCAGGUGUUCACACUGCAAUCCCGGCUGGAUCGGAGAUCGCUGUGAUGUGCGCUGUCCUAACGGCACCUAUGGCGAAAACUGUGAGAAGGAUUGCAGCCAUUGUUUUAACGGAGACUGUCACUUCGUCACAGGAGAGUGUCUGUGUGACCCUGGAUUUUAUGGGACAUACUGCAACCUGACAUGUGAAUUUGGUCAGUUUGGCGUGAACUGUGCUCAGACCUGUCCAUGCCACGACAUGAACUGCAACCCGGUAUCAGGGGACUGCAAUCUACAUCCUAAUCAGCGAAUGGGAGUUAUAGCCGCAGGAACGCUGGUGACGUUUCUCUUCAUCGUCCUUCUCUCUCUGCUGUGUUGCUGUUUCCUCUGUAGCAACAAAAACAACCGCAACUCUGACCAAGAAAACUCCACUAAUAGCAAGAAAGCCAAGAUAAUCCUUUGUGGCGGAUUUAGCCGAAUCAGCACCAAACUUCCCAGAAUCCCUCUCAGGAGACAAAAACUACCCAAAGUUGUUGUAACCCAUCAUGAUCCAGAAAACACCUUCAACAGUAUUAUCGAACCACCCUCCAUUGUGGACCAACCUUCUCCAUCGUGGUCGUCGCAGGAGUCUUUCUCUUCCUGUGAGACGAGCGAAGACGACCAUCAUUACUCCCUCCCACCCAACGAAUCUAUGAAUGAGAGUUAUGAGAAAAGAGGUUCUAGUGUUACUCAAGAAAUAUCAUCAACGCCUAAUGAAGAAGAUGCUGGAGAGUACACAUCUCUCAAAGAGACGACGAAGCCAUAUGUUAAUGAUGGAUCCGAGCAGCCACUCCUGAAGUUCUCUGACAGCGAGGGGUCCACCAGCGGUUCUGAGUCAACCAUGGGGGCCGUUUAUGCUCACAUCGCUCGUCUUUCAAAACACUCCAAAGAGGAGGAGGAUAAUGCGGCACUAGAGGUCAAAGGUAACGGCAAGGUCCCGUCCCCAGAGAAGACAAAACCUCGUCCUCCAGACCCUUCAACCAAACCCAAGGUGUCCUGGAUCCACGGAAUAUCUGGAGGCAACCAAACGGAGCAAGGCCAGACUCCGACGACGCAAAAUGAGAAGAAGAAGAACUCUGGAAAGGUUGAGGAGAAACAGAAGUCAAAGGAGAAGUCGAGCAAGAACGGCGAGAAGGAUCAGGAAGGUAAGAAGGACGAAAACAAAUCUCCAAGCAAAUGCAAAACUAACAUAGCCUCUGAACACAUCAACGGAACGUUCCAGAACGCCUGGAAGAAGAUCGGAAACUUCCACUCGGACAAGAAAACCACUGACGCCGCCAAAGAUCCACCUAAAAGUCCAAAGAUCAUGCAUCCGCACAUAAACUCCGAGGCUGCUACUCUACUAGCGGCUCAGCUAAAAGAGAAAACCCAGAGCCUGAAUCGUAACGAAGGUCUCACGGUAGCAGUCAAAUCCAAUGGUGUGUCAACCCAUCAAGUCAACAAAGAAAAACCCACCCCGCCUCAAAAGACCAAACGCUCAACAACAGGGUCCAACAAACCUUUACUUCCCACCUCCAGCAACCUCCAGAAGAUGGUGGCCCCUAUUUCAGACUCAACCCCUGAGCCUACAACUCCACAGAAACAGGGGAUAAAUGGGACCAAGGUAGAAGUGGAAGGCGACGUCACACCAAAGAAAACACCGAUCAAAAAACCACCAAGGAAAAAAGGCAAGGAGGGAACGGUAGAAACAGAAAACAAAAACACUCCAAAGACGGCCAUUAUGCCUCCUCAGACUGUCAAAUAGAGUGUAGCUUUGUUUUAAAACUUAGUAAGCUGCUUUGUUACAUACAUAACUAGCUGCCUUGAAAGACUGAGUGCAUUCUGGGAUUGAUCCUGUGGUGCUGCCUUAAAAUUUGGCAUUUUGGCUUUGCAUCAGCUUACCAGGUUUUAAAACAGAGCAAGUUUUCAAAAAUGCGUCACCUUAUGCAGACUUUUGCUGUUUUGAGGAAUUGGAUGGAUAGAGCUGCUUAUAGGAUUUUAUUCUCUUUAACUCCUGAAAUAAUGACAUUUAGUGGUUUGACGUUAUUUUAUGUACAGUGUUAAAAAGGAGAAGCUGAACAAAUGUAAUGUAAUGUAAUUAGCUCAUUUUAUAAGCUUUCAUUGCUUUAGACAGUUUCUUCGGAUGCUCGCGCAUUGCUACGGUUUCAUGCCUGGCCCGAAAGUAACUUCCUGUUUGUGUUUGUUUAUCGGCCGUGGAUCUUUUGGCAGCCAGGCAAGAAUUCAAGGAUCUGUAGCUAACAUUGUACGUUCAUUUAACAUUUUGGUAACGUCGCUCGGUGUAGUAGUUGAUACGCUUGAACUAUUUGAAAUAAGGUAAUUUACUUAUUUAUUUUGCGUGUUAUCAGAAAUAAUCUUUGCGGAAGUCUACCAGGAAGUUAAAUUUGGGCCACUUGUUUAUGUUGUUGCCGCUAAAACUGUCUAUUAUAAUUUUGAACAGAUCACAGGUCGUGUUUUAAAGGUUGGAUUAUCACAAAAAAAUAACCUAAAGUAUGGUACUGACAAGGUACUGUGAGGAAUAUGCAAAAAUAUCUUCACGUUUUCUCUCAGAUGUUUAAUAUCAUAUGAAUGAUAUCAGAUCAAACUUCUCUGCUUUGCUUUUAGGAUAAUGGUCUGCUUCCAAACGUCGUAUAUCUGAUAUACCCCCAGUCACCCAAAACAUUUUGUCAUCAUUUUUCAACCUCAAGUUGUGUAUAAAUUAAUAUGUUCUGCUGAACCCAAAGGAAGCAGCGUUUUUGAGCGCCAUUAACUUCCAUAGUAUUUUUCUUUUCUACUAUGGAAGUUAAUGGUGCUUUUGUUUCCUGCUUGAUUACAAAUAGCUUCAUAUAUUUAUACAGUUUGUAACAACUUAAGGGUAAGUAAAUGAUGACAUCAUUCUCAUUUUUGGAGGAUCUAUCACUUUAAUAAUAUGAUUCUAGGUAGCACAAAGUGUUGGGUAAGUUACUCAAAAAAAUAAUUAAUUACUAGUUACUAAUUACAUUUUCAAUCAUGUAAUUAGAUUAUUUACAAAUUACUCUCUACAAAAAGUAAUUACUUAUUACUAAUUCCUUUCUAAAUCCUAUUUAGUAAAUGAUACAAAGAACUGGCUUAAAGGGACACUCCACUUUAAAAAAAAAAUAUGCUAAUUUUCCAGCUCCCCUAGAGUUAAACAUUUGAUUUUGAAUGUUUUGGAAUCCAUUCAAUCGAUCUCCGUGUCUGGUGGUAACACUUUAAGCAUAGCUUAGCACAGUGGUUUUCAAACUGCGGGCCGCAAGAUGGUGCCAGGGGGGGGCCCAGUUUUAUGACAUUUUAUGGAAUACAUUAAUUUAUCAUGAAUUCUGUGUAAUUAAACCUAAAAAAACAAGGCUACUAACCAAAAGCACUACUUUUUGUAUAAUUUAAUGUUUUUUUUUAUUAAAAUGUUGAGUUUUAGAAAGUUUUUUGUCACAAAUUUUCUUUGGGGGGCCGCGAAGGAAUGCACCGUACACAAGGGGGGCCACACGCUGAAAAAGUUUGGGAACCACUGGCUUAGCAUAAUCCAUUUAAUCUGAUUAGACCAUAAGCAUGGGUCUAAAAAACCCAAAGAGUUUUGAUAUUUUUCCUAUUUAAAACUCGAUUCUUUUGUGUGCUAAGACAGACGGAAAACUUAAAGUUGCUAUUUUUUUAGGCCGACUAACCAGUGUUGGGGAAAGUUACUUUUAAAAGUAAUCCAUUACAAUAUUAAGUUACUCCCCAAAAUGUAACUAAUUGCGUUACUUAGUUACUUUUAAUGGAAAGUAAUGUUUACGUUACUUUUAAGUUACUUCGCAUAAAGUGUGUAAUUCUAUGUUUAUACGUUCAGUUGGUAACACUUUACAAUAAGGUUCAUUAGUUAACAUUAGUUAACUGCAUUAAUUAACAUGAACUAAUAAUGAACUGCACUUAUACAGCAUUUAUUCAUCUUUGUUAAUUUCAACAAUUACCAAUACUUUUAUAAAAAUUUUGUUAAUGUUAGUUAAUGCACUGUGAACUAACAUGAACAAGCAAAUAAAGCUUUAUUUAUAUUUAGGGAUGCACCGAAUUCAGGAUUCGGAUUCGGCCGAAUACUGGGCUUUUUGACGGGGUCGGGUUCGGCCGAAUCCUAGAUUUUUUUCCCACCCAACCCUAGGCUUGCGCUACGCUGGUCGACGUCACGCGGCCGUUGAUUACACACAUCGGGUGCUGACGUGGAGAUGAGCUUUUUCUUUCGGUGAGCCUUAGGGGCUGGACACACCAAAACUUUUAAACACGGCUGAAAAUGCUUUGAGGACGCCAAAUGCCAGCUGUUUUUCAGCCGAGUGCUUGGUAGCUGUGAUGCUUCAGCUGUGAGCCGGUUGGUUGCUGUGGUAAUGUCCCGCCCCUCCUCCAUUGUAAUUGGACGGCCGUGUGAAAACUAACAUUGACGAGCGGAGCUUCUCACUCAAAGUUAAAUAUAGUUUUCAGCGCGGAGCUGCUUGCUUAUUGGAAAAACGAACGUGUCGCAGCGCAUCGCUUUCAUUAUGCAUAGGCUUAUGGUAAUUGUCAAAAUAGUUUUUCCAACUUGUCAUCCUGGCAUAAUGUAGUUAAAAUUAAAUGAAAUGAAAAAUACACUGCUGUGGACGUUGUUUACUUCAUUAAUGUGUUUUACUGUGUUAAUGGAAUAAGGAUGCGAGUAGGAUUCGGUAUUCGGUUUCGGAUUCGGCCGAAUCUUAAAUGGUGGAUUCGGCCGAACCUAAAAAAUCUGGAUUCGGUGCAUCCCUAUUUAUAUUAACUAACGUUAACAAAGAUUAAUAAAUACUGUAACAAAUGUAUUGCUCAUGGUUUGUUCAUGUUAGUUAAUACAUUAACUAAUGUUAACUAGUGAACCUUAUUGUAAAGUGUUCAGUUCAGUUAAAUGCAGUACAUUGUUUUUAACAUCAAAUUAAUUAAACUGAAAAGUAACUUGCAUUACUUUUUUAAAAAAGUAACUCAAAUAUUAAUGUGUAAUGCGUUACUUUACUUGUUACUUCAGAAAAGUAAUAUUAUUACGUAAUGCACGUUACUUGUAAUGCGUUACCUCCAACACUGCUAGUAACUAUACUCUCAUUCUGCCGUAAUAUUCAAGGACUUUGCUGCUAUACAAUGGGACUAUUUUCGGGCACUGCGUAAUAUCAUUGCGCCUGCUGCAGCCAUGUUACAGCAGCAAAGUCUUUGAUUAUUACUUCAGAAUGAGAGUAUAGUUCCUAGCCAUAUCUGCAUAGAAAAUCGCAACUUUUAAUUUUCUGUCGGUCUUAGUACAUGAUGUAACUACAGAUGAGUCAAGAUUUGAAUAGGAAACAUAUCAAAACUCUUUGAUUAUUUUUGAGCGUGAUGCUAAUGGUCUAAUCAGAUUCAAUGGAUUGUGCUAAGCUAUGCUAAAAGUGCUAGCGCCAGACCCAAAGAUCGGCUG